AUGCACGCAGCAAAGUACAGCUUGAUCUCGGCGCUUGUAGCUGCCACGACUGCUUCGCACAUCCCGCACCGGGCGGAGCAGGGAUUGGCCGUGCCUCAGAUCUGGAGUUCGCCUCUGUUUAAAUCGAGCGCACCCUUCCACGGCCCCUCUAGCGCAAAGGAGUCGACGUUGACGCAGAGUUUCCAGCUGCACGAGCCAGCGCCUCUGCUUACAUCCUCCGCGCACAGCUGCAGCGUCACGCUGGUCUCGCGAUCGUUUGCCAACAGCUACGGCUCGCCCUCUACGCUCUCCUUUGACCCGCGCACCGCCUUCGCGGGUACAGCGUGUUCGGAUCCCGACGAAUGGACGGGGCUCACGCUGGAUGUGCACGGCGAGACGCGCGGUCGCCAGUUCGACAGGCUUGGCACCGUGUGGGUCGGCAACAACGCCACCGGCCAGGGCGUCGAGGUGUUGCGGCUCGACAAUCCCGAACCCACCAAACAGGGCGUCUACUGGUCCACCAAAAAGGACGUCGGCAAGUACUGGCCGCUCUGGAGCCAGCCUGCGGACGUAGUGUUUGACCUGCCCAACAUCGUCGAUGACACCUACACGGGCGCCCUCAACGUCACGCUUCAACUCACCGCCUCGGUGCAAGGAUCCCUCAGCCGAGCAGGCCGUAAGCGCACACACGCAGGGCGAAUCCCUGCUCUGCCGCUCAAACAGCGCGCAGCGCACCUCGUCAUCCCCUUGUCGAAACGCCUCCAAACAGGCAACUCGAUCUUUCAGCUAGGCGGAUCCGCCGGCAACGGAACUGCAUCCGUCAAGGUUCCGCACAACGCCGCACGAGCGCUGGUCGAAGUCUACGCUAGCGGCACCGCCGCCGAGGAGUUCUGGUACACUGGCAUCACCGACCGCUUCUUCAAUCAGAUCCCCGACGCAGCCGCCAACGGUUACUACGGCCACGGCCCGUACCGCGAAGUGCAGCUGUACAUCGACGGCGCCUUUGCGGGAUUCGUGACGCCGUAUCCGGUCAUCUUUACGGGCGGCAUCAAUCCGUUGCUCUGGCGACCCGCUGCCAACUAUGGCACGUUCGACCAGCCGACGUAUACGAUCGACGUCACGCCGUUCAUCGGAACGCUCACCGACGAUCAGCCACACAGCUUCGAGCUCGCCGUGGUGGGCAGCGAGCGCGGCGGGGUGAUCAACGACGCAUCCUGGUUCGUCUCGGGCAAUGUGCAGGUGUACCUCGACAGCUCCGAUGGGCGUACGACGGGCAAGGUGAUCAAAGCCACGCAGGGGGCCGAGGUGGUCAAAGGCACAACGGGCGGGAGUAUCAAGGGCGAUCCGUUGACGAACGGCAGUCUGACGUACAGCGUCGGGCUCCAGGUGCCGAGGAGGUUCGACGUGGCGGGAAGCGUCAAGACAGGCUCUGGCAAGGAAUAUGUCGCCGCAUGGUCGCAGCAAGCCGAGUACGACAAUCGCGGCCUCGUCAAUGCGACUACGCAGACCAACGACCAGAAGAGCUUUGGCUGGACGCGGUCGCUCGUCAUCGACGCCAGACACAUCGACAAGGUGAUGGGGACGCUCGAUUUCGACGCCAUCCAGACGCUAGCUGAUGCGCAAGACGCAAAGGUGCAGGUGAGCGCGGUGCAGAUGGACUACAACUACCCGCUCUACGUCACCUCGUCGCUGUCCAACACUUCGUUCGACGCACGCAUCGUCGAGCAGUUCGACCGCACCGUUCGUCGCACCGGACCCGGCACUGACAAGGACCUCACGAAGAUGGUGGGCGACGAGACCACGUUGGUUCAUGCAGACCCCGUGGCGGCUCUACCGCACGCAAUCCUGUCCAAGCGCAACGCAGACGCCGACUCGGUGCUCGUCAACGGCGCCAUUGCCAACGGAACUGGCACGGCAAGGCAGACGUACAUGUACCGCGAUAUGGCAGGUGGCACCAUCGACCGGGUCACCCGCACCAACACCACCAACGUGCUGCAGGACAGCCUCGCUGGCAGCGUCAGCGCCAGGGCCCAGCCCGGCCAGUUGACCGUGGCCUAG